UCCAUGCUCCGAGCCUCAUCAGCCAAAGCACUCCGAUGCGACCAAAAGAAAAAAAGAUAGGCGCCUAAAUUCAACAAGCAACAAAGUCAGAAACCCGGCAAGAGCCAUCGUCGCUAGUCCGGAGGAAAACAGUGCCCAGAUGAUGAUGAUGCGUUUCAUUCUCACAGUAGACGCCGUAAGGUUAGUUCAGUGUCUCCGAGUUAUUAUUAAAUAAUGGCCCGUACCAAGCAGACAGCUCGUAAAUCGACUGGUGGAAAGGCACCAAGGAAGCAAUUAGCAACCAAGGCGGCCCGCAAAAGUGCCCCAGCCACCGGAGGAGUUAAGAAACCUCAUCGUUACAGGCCGGGAACCGUAGCUCUGAGAGAAAUCCGUCGUUACCAAAAAAGUACCGAACUUUUGAUCAGAAAACUACCAUUCCAACGUCUGGUUCGUGAAAUCGCACAGGACUUUAAGACCGAUCUUCGAUUCCAAAGCUCCGCUGUUAUGGCUUUACAAGAAGCCAGCGAGGCAUAUUUGGUGGGUCUCUUCGAAGAUACCAAUCUUUGUGCCAUUCACGCCAAACGUGUAACUAUUAUGCCCAAAGAUAUACAAUUGGCCAGGCGGAUCAGGGGUGAACGUGCUUAAGUUUUUAAUUCCGUUCAUAUUACGGUUAAA